CUAAUGAUCUUCCGGUAAUCGUGCUGUCAGGAACUUUUAGCGGUGCACAAGAAAGGAGAAAGGAGUUAGCGUUUUUAUCCUGUUAAAUGUACAAGCUUAUUAUAUUAUAAACGCUACAGGAAUGACAGAGCAAGAGCCCGACGACAAAACACAGGGGAUUUUAGGGUUCCCUCGCAUUGAGAAAAUUCCUUGUGCACGAGAUGCAGUUCUCCAUGGUGCAGGGGGAUCUGUUGCUGCAGGACUUGUGCACUUUUUGGCAACUAGCAGAGUGAAGCGGUCGUGUGAUGUGGGCAUGGCAGGAUUCGUGCUGACAACACUGGGUUCAUGGUUUUACUGUCGAUAUAACAAUGCAAAACUCCGGUCCCAGCAGAAGAUGAUUCAGGAUGGAAUUAAAAAUAAAGUGAUGUAUGAAGGGACAAAUCUGGAUCCCACACGAAAAGCAAGAGAUCCAUGAACUUGCUAUAAAUUGCCCACUGCUGUGACUUUCUUUAAACCUUACCUCCAUGUAAUUUUGUGCCAUCUGUUUAAAGAUAAAGUUGUCCAAACUGGUGUAUUAAAAUCUUUGUUUUAAUCUCAAGUAAUUAUUGUGCAGUUAAAUAAAGUCAACAUCUGAUCA